AUGGCUCCAAGCUUGCUGGCGCUCGACAAUGCUGCCAAACAAAUCCCUCCUCCUCCGCCAGGAGCUCCAUACUCGGUUUCAGUGCCAGGCAGCAAGCAAGACGGCCGCAGCGCCGUAUACAGACAUUGGAGACAAAAAGAUGGCAUCAUGUACUCCCUCGACCCGUCCAUCACGACCGCGCAUGAAAUGUUUGAACAGUCUGCAAAACGCGUCCCAACAAACAAGUGUUUAGGACAUCGACCUUACGAUCCUGCCACCAAGACUUGGGGCAAUUAUGUGUGGGAGAACUAUGCGCAGAUUCAAGAGCGGAGAAAGAACUUUGGUGUGGGUUUAGUUGCUUUGCAUGAGCAGGUGGGCAAGCAAGGGAGACAAUAUGGUGUGGGUUUGUGGUGCCAAAAUAGACCUGAGUGGCAGAUCACGGAUCUUGCGUGCAUGUCCCAGAGCCUUUUCAGUGUUUCGCUAUACGACACGCUGGGCCCGGAUGCUUGCGAAUACAUCAUCAACCAUGCCGGUCUGACUGCUGUAUGCUCGUCUGUGAGCCAUAUUCCAACUCUGAUCAAGCUUGCUCCGAGAUGUCCGUCUCUCAAGCUGAUCAUCUCCCUGGACCCGCUUUCUAUCGAGGGAGAGCUUCCAGGUACAUCGAAGAAGGAUCUUUUGAAUACCAUGGCAGCGCAGCAUGGCAUUCAGAUCCAUGAGAUUAAAGAGGUGGAAGCAAUUGGUGUCAAGUCUCCACGACCAUACCACCCACCUCGACCAGAGGACACUGUCACGAUCAACUACACUUCCGGUACGACGGGAAAUCCCAAAGGUGUCAUUCUGACCCACGCGAACGCUGUAUCUGCAGCAUCAGCAUCCCUUUGCAUUUGCAAGCAACAAACCAACGACUCCAUCUGCUCUUAUCUCCCGUUAGCGCAUAUUUUCCAGCGAGUUACCGAGCACUCAUCACUUUGGGCGGGUGUCGCCAUUGGCUAUUUCCAUGGAAACAUUCUGGAGCUUGUGGACGACUUCAAGCUUGUUCGACCAACUGCAUUCACCUCUGUACCACGUUUGUACAACCGAUUUGGAGGGGCGAUCAAGACCCAGACUAUCGAAGCUCCUGGAAUUCGAGGUGCCAUGUCCAGACAUAUCGUCAACACCAAGCUUGCGAAUCUGACGGAAGCGGCCCCAGGCAAGGCCACAAACCAGCAUUUCCUUUACGACCGCAUUUGGGCGAGAAAGGUCUCGGCUGCUCUUGGUCUUGAUCGCGCGAGGACGAUGGUCUCUGGUUCAGCUCCCAUCGAUCCAUCUCUGCACCAAUUCUUACGUGUGGUUUUCGCAAACAACUUUUACCAAGGUUAUGGUCUGACUGAGACGUACGCCAUCGCUCUCGCGCAGCUGGAAGGUGACUUCAGUGCCGGCAAUUGCGGUGCUGUCACACCAACGACCGAGCUCUGCCUCCUGGAUGUUCCCGACAUGGAUUACUUAUCGACCGAUAAACCAAAUCCUCGUGGUGAGCUGCUCGUGCGUGGACCAACCGUCUUCAAAGAAUAUUUCAAGAACCCAGAAGAGACCCAGAAGGCCUUCACUGAAGAUGGUUGGUUCAAGACGGGCGAUAUCUGUGAAGUCGACGAAAUGGGCCGCUUCAGGAUCAUUGAUCGGAGAAAGAACGUCCUGAAGCUUGCGCAGGGAGAAUACAUCUCCCCCGAGCGCAUCGAGAACGUAUACCUCGGCAACCUCCCAUAUCUGGCACAAGGCUACGUUCACGGCGACAGCUCACAAGCGAACCUCGUUGCGAUCUUCGGUGUUCAGCCGGACAUCUUCGCUCCAUGGGUUGGUAAGGUCAUCGGCAAGAAUGUCGAUGCGACGGAUCUCAAGGCCGUUGAGGCUGCGGCCGCGGACAAGAAGGUCCGAAAGGCUGUGCUGAAAGAGCUUCAACGCGUGGGUAAAAAAGCUAAAUUCAACAGCUAUGAGCACGUCAGAGCUGUGAGAUUGAUGCUCGAGCCGUUCACGAUUGACAAUGAGCUUUUGACUCCAACUCUGAAACUCAAACGUCCUCAAACAGCGAAGCUGUAUCGUUCGACCAUCGACGAAAUGUAUUCUGAGAUCGAAGCUGAGAGCAAACCCAAGGCACGACUAUAA